CGACUACAGUGCGGCAGUGAUCCGUUUUUAUCGGUCGAGGGCCGUAAAUUUUUUAAUUUUUUGUUUUUUUGAGGUGCCAGUUUUAUCCCUUUUCUCCCUUUUUCUACUUCUAAAGUUUUACGUUAUGGUUUGAUGAUGAUUCGAAAGUAGUAAAUUUUGUGCUUACCUAAGUAAAAACUGACUUUGUUAUUUUCUCCAUCGGACCAAAGGAUACAAAAACAAAUGCACCAUGUACGGAUUAAUCAUAGAAAAUAUGGCCGAGUACAUAAAACAAACAUACGGGGAGGAAAAAUGGGAGGAAAUUCGAAGAGCCGCAGGCGUAGACCAGCCAAGUUUCAGCACUCAUCAGGUUUAUCCUGAAAAUUUAAUACCACGACUCUCAAAAAAAGCCAUCCAGAUUCUCAAUGUAAGCGAAAAGGAGUUUUUCGACCAGAUGGGCGUAUUUUUCAUCGGUUUCGUGAGUCAGUACGGGUACGACCGGGUUUUAUCAGUGCUAGGCCGACACAUGCGCGACUUUUUGAACGGCUUGGACAACUUACACGAGUACUUAAAAUUUUCGUACCCACGGAUGAGGGCUCCGAGCUUCAUAUGCGAAAACGAAACAAGACAGGGUCUUACAUUGCACUACAGAUCGAAAAGAAGAGGUUUCGUUUACUACACCAUGGGGCAGAUCAGAGAGGUGAGUGCCUCAAGGAGCCAUACUGGGACCCUGAUUUCCAUUUGUGUGUUUUUCAGGUCGCAAAGCAUUUUUAUCACAAAGAAAUGAAGAUUGAAUUGGUUAGGGAAGAGUUACUGUUUGAUAUGGUGCAUGUCACUUUCCAACUAACUUUCGAUAACAGAGCAUUUACUCUAGCCUCUCUGGCAAUGACAAGGGAGGAAAAACAUCUGCCCAUCAGUGCUGCAGUUUUGUUCGAAAUAUUUCCUUUCUGUAUUGUUUUUGGCUCUGAUAUGAUAGUUCGCAGUAUAGGUAACUCACUGAUGGUAAUAUUACCAGACUUGGUCGGCAAGAAAAUCACAAACUGGUUCGAUUUGGUUCGUCCUCUGAUAGCCUUCAAGUUUGGAUCUAUUCUUAACAGGACGAAUAAUAUUUUCGAAUUGGUUACCGUGGAGCCCAUAAUAAAUGAUAAGCAACAUUCCAGUGAUGGUCAAAGACAGGCUUUAGCUUUGCCGGAAGAAAUUGAUAAUUUUGAGGAUAAAAACUUAAGACUCAAAGGGCAAAUGGUCUACAUGGACAACUGGAAGAUGAUGAUGUACCUGGGGACGCCGGUAAUGCCCGACCUGAACUCGCUCAUAAUAUCAGGGCUGUACAUCAACGACCUUUCCAUGCACGAUUUCAGUCGCGACCUCAUGCUAGCCGGCACGCAGCAAUCCGUAGAGUUGAAGUUGGCGCUGGAUCAGGAGCAACAGAAAUCAAAAAAGUUGGAGGAGUCCAUGAGAAAGUUGGACGAGGAGAUGAGGAGGACCGACGAGCUCCUGUACCAGAUGAUACCCAAGCAGGUGGCUGAUAGGCUCAGGAAAGGGGAGAAUCCCAUCGAUACUUGUGAGAUGUUCGACAGCGUAUCGAUUCUGUUUUCCGACGUUGUCACAUUUACGGAAAUUUGCAGCCGGAUAACUCCCAUGGAAGUCGUAUCGAUGCUGAACGCGAUGUAUUCGAUAUUCGACAAGCUGACAGAAAGAAACCGAGUGUACAAAGUGGAGACCAUUGGAGACGCUUACAUGGUGGUUAGUGGAGCCCCAGAAAAAGAAGGAAAACAUGCCCAGAGAGUCUGCGACAUGGCUUUGGACAUGGUGGACGCCAUAACUGAUCUUAAGGAUCCAUCAACAGGUCAGCAUUUGAGAAUACGGGUGGGGGUGCACUCUGGCGCAGUCGUUGCGGGCAUAGUUGGCCUGAAAAUGCCCCGGUACUGUCUCUUCGGAGACAGCGUAAACACGGCAUCUCGCAUGGAGUCCAGCAGCGAAUCCAUGAAGAUUCACAUCUCCCAGUACACGCAAGAAUGUCUGCCGAAAUCGUACAAAAUCUCCGAACGGGGCGAAAUACAAAUCAAAGGUAAAGGCAACAUGAAAACGUAUUGGUUGCAAGGUAAGGACGCCAGGAAGCCUUUGCCGAAGCGGUUUGUCGAGUUCAGCACCAAGGAGAACUUGGAGAAGGCUGUGGUGCCCCAGCAGAGCCCUUUGAAGAAAAUUGACUCUAGGAGUGGGAUUUACUCUCCCAUAACGUUUGAGGAUGUGGCAGCAAGGAGUAUAGCUAGCUCUCCCAUAAAACAUAUGUCCAAUGGUAGAGAAUGCAGAAGCAACUCAGCAGGGGCAGUCCAUUCCUUCUGCAACCCGGCGGACUUCUUCGGCUCCAUGGUCCUGGACCACAGCGACUUCGACAAACUCGACGCGAUCUCGUCCAAUCAGGAGCCUUUCCGAGGCAGAUGCACCACAGCGCCCCCUCGGUCGCUGCACAGCUCCGUGAGCGCGCAGGAGAUAUCGACAACGUCGCAAACCGCGCCUCUGACGAGCGCGCCGGGCGUCUUGAUAAACAACCUGCCGCUGGCCGUGACGUGCGUGCCGCAGCCCGGCACUAAGGAGGCCUCGGAAGUGGAGACCUACGAGUUCGGCAAGUGCAUGCACAUUUACGCGAAGAAAAAGUGCGGCAACCCCAAGAUGGCGCCGAGGGCUUCUAUCAGCGACGGGGACAUAUGCGGGAAGCAAGGCGUUUCGAUGAGCUCCUCUCACAGCCAGCCUUUCAGCAAGCCCAACAAUCAUCACAGCCAUCAGCAGUGCUGCUCCGGGUUCGGUUCCGGCAGGAACCAGAGGUUUCAAACGCACGCUUGCAACAUUGUUUAGGUUAGGUUUAGCUCAACUACAAUGGGGUUAAUAAUACAGGGUCCUACAAUGGAAUGUGUCGUUUUUUAAUAAUUUAAAAAACCAAUUGCCUUGGAUUAGUCAGAGCCAAUCAAAUUGGCCUGUUUUUAUUUUAACUUCUAGUCAUAUACAAGGUGUUUCACAUUCUUGGUCCAUUAGAAGUUUAUGGGGAAAGAAAAAAUAUAUCGAUUUGAAAUUUUAA